UGAUUUAUUCUGGAUUAACGCUGAUAUAAGUUACCAAAAAAAAUAACACUGAUAUAUCGACUGAAACCAUUUCAGUAGAAGUGAAGCCAUGGAAUCUAAAGCUGUUCAAAGGUUACAGUUUCCAGCCAUGGUGUAUUCAGAUAAGGGUGGAAGAACAGUACCAAGUGGUUCUCUUAACGUGUCUUGUGGUUUUAUGGAACAUAAGAAGCUUCGGGUUUUUGUUUCAGUGCCUUCGACGAAGAUUCAACAGAGAAAGCUCCCUUUGAAGAUUGCAUGUUCUUAUAACAAAGUUCCAGCUUCAACAUUGAAAUCUGAAAGCUUUAAGACUCCUCUCAGUGAAGAGUUGAUUCUGAAGAGUAAAUCCAAAGAGGUGGAACCGUAUUUAAGUGGACGCUGUAUAUAUCUUGUUGGAAUGAUGGGAUCUGGAAAGACAACUGUAGGGAAGAUUCUGUCACAAGUGCUUUGUUAUUCGUUUUUUGAUAGGUUGGUACUGACUGUAAUUAAGAUCAGAAAUUAUUUCAAGGGAACAAUAUAUGUAUAUAGUUCCAGUGCAGGAGAAUAUGCUUUUCCUUUGUGUUUGGAAAGAAUUGAUGUAAUGCGGCACCAACAUGGCACAUAUUUAAUGCGCAAAGCACGUGCAUUGUAA